GUGGAGGGCCGGGCUCCUUGCUGCCAUGUGGGUCUUCCUGUGAAUGGUUACUACUUGUGUUUUCCAAGUCCCUCCGGAAUCGAACUUCGGAAGUCUGGCGUGAAACAUGACGUCCUUAGCCCAGCAACUCCAGCGGCUCGCCCUGCCGCAGAGCGAUCCCAGCCUCUUGUCCAGAGAUGAAGUUGCCUCCUUGUUGUUUGAUCCCAAGGAAGCCGCCACCAUCGACAGGGACACGGCCUUUGCCAUUGGAUGCACUGGCUUGGAAGAGCUGCUUGGAAUUGACCCUUCCUUUGAGCAGUUUGAGGCACCGUUGUUCAGUCAGCUGUCAAAAACCCUGGAGCGCAGCGUUCAGACCAAAGCAGUGAACAAACAGCUGGACGAAAACAUUUCAUUAUUCCUUAUUCACUUGUCCCCCUACUUUUUGCUGAAGCCAGCACAGAAAUGUCUGGAAUGGUUGAUUCACAGGUUCCAUAUCCAUCUUUAUAAUCAAGAUAGCCUUAUUGGUUGUGUUCUACCAUACCACGAGACAAGGAUAUUUGUGCGAGUUAUACAGCUUCUGAAAAUUAAUAAUCCAAAACACAAAUGGUUCUGGUUAUUUCCAGUGAAGCAAUCUGGAGUUCCCUUAGCUAAAGGAACUUUAAUUACCCACUGCUACAAAGAUCUUGGGUUUAUGGAUUUCAUAUGCAGUCUGGUGACAAAAUCUGUGAAGGUUUUUGCUGAGUACCCUGGAAAUUCAGCUCAAUUAAGAGUGCUCUUAACCUUCUAUGCUUCCACCAUCGUGUCUGCUCUAGUGGCUGCUGAAAGUGUCUCGGACAAUGUUGUUGCCAAACUCUUACCAUAUAUCCAGAAGGGAUUGAAAUCGUCUUUACCAGAUUAUAGAGCUGCAACAUACAUGAUAAUAUGUCAGAUUUCUGUGAAAGUGACACUGGAAGAAAGCUUCGUUCACUCAUUGGCUACACAGAUCAUCAAAACAUUGACCAGAAUCCCCUCAUUGAUCAAGGAUGGAUUAGGUUGCUUGAUCAUACUCCUGCAGAGACAGAAACCGGAGAGCCUGGGAAAAAAGCCAUUUCCUCACUUGUGUAAUGUUCCUGACCUUAUCACCAUACUUCAUGGGAUUUCUGAAACAUAUGAUAUUAGCCCUCUUCUGCGUUACAUGCUUCCCCACCUCGUUGGUGGCAUCAUCAAUCACAUUACAGGAGAAGAAACAGAAGGGGAGGAUGACCAAAUCUAUAGGAGACACUUAGAAAGCAUACUGACAAAUAUAUCACUAAAGAACAACUUAGACCAUUUACUGGCUAGCCUUCUUUUUGAAGAAUACAUUUCAUACAGUUCACAGGAAGAAAUUGAUCCUGAGAAAGUCUCUUUGCUUAAUGAGCAGUUCCUUCCACUGAUCAGACUUAUAGAAAGCAAAUAUCCCAGAACUUUAGAUGUUGUCUUAGAGGAACGCUUAAAGGAAAUUACAGAUCUGAAAAAGCAAGAGCUUUUUCACCAGUUUAUUUCUCUUUCUACAAGUGGAGGAAAAUAUCAGUUUUUAGCAGAUUCUGAUACCUCCUUGAUACUUAGUCUGAAUCAUCCACUUGCUCCUGUGAGACUUCUGGCAGUUAAUCAUCUGAAAACCAUUAUGAAAACAUCAAAGGAAAGUGUUGAUGAGUCUUUCAUAAAAGAAGCUAUUUUAACCCGAUUAGGUGAUGACAAUAUAGAUGUUGUUUUAUCAGCUAUAAGUGCUUUUGAGAUUUUUAAACAACACUUCAGUUCAGAAGAAACUAUUUCAAAUCUUCUAAAGCUUUUUAGAAGAGCAGAACUUUCAAAGAAUAAGGCAUGGUACAAAGUACUUGAGAUAGCAGCAGCGCUAUUAAUUAAAGAAGAGACACUGAGGGAGAACCCUGAGAUAGCCAAUCAGGUUGUGGUGCAUCUGCUGCCAUUUAUGGUCAUUGACACUGGUGACAUCGGAUCUGCCGAGAUGAAAAUGGCAAUACAUUUGUCCAAGUCAGGAAUUUGUUCUCUGCACCCAGUACUAAGAGGCUGGAAAGAAGCACUUGAAAAUGUGAUUAAAAGCACAAAAUCAGAAAAAUUAAUUGGUGUAGCAACUCAGAGGAUGAUUGAAUUGUUGGCUGGCAAUAUUCAUUCAGGGGGUCCUUCUAUGUUAAAGCUGGUGGAGGAUUUAAUAAGUGUUGGGGAAAAGGAAUCUUUUAGUCUGAAGCAGAAAGUGACUUCCCAUGUGAUCAUGGCUGUGCUUGUCUCCUGCUGCUCAUCUUUGAAAGGAACUCACUUCCCAUUUGCAAUAAGAGUCUUCAGUUUGUUGCAGAAAAAAAUUAAGGAGCUCAGAAGUGUUAUCACAGCAGUGGAAAUCCCUACUGAGUGGCAUUUUGAGCUGAUGACAGACAAAGGAAUGCCCGAACAGCUGUGGGCACAUUACAUACAACAGCUCAAGACUGCCCAGAGAAUUGCUGUGGAGGACUCGGUUUUACUCGUGUUUCUGCUGAAAAUUUUUGUUCAUGCAUUGAAGGCUCCUAAAUCUUUUCCUAAAGAUGAUCGAUGGUGGAAUCCCGAACGGUUGGCAGAAGAUAGCAGAGACUAUCUGCAUUUGCUGAUUGGGCUCUUUGAGGUGAUACUCGAUGGUGCUGAGGCCUCUCACUUCAGGCUUCUGAUGAAAGUCUUCAUAAAGGUACAUCUAGAAGAUGUUUUCCAGUUAUUCAAGUUCUUUUCUGUUUUAUGGACGUAUGGUUCUACCCUUUCCAAUCCACUCAACUGCACUGUGAAAACAGGACUGCAAACUCAAGCUCUUUAUAUAGGUUGUGCAAUGCUCUCUUCUCAGAAGACUCAGUGUAAACAUCAGCUGACAUCCACGUCUUCUCCAGUGGUGACAUCUCUGCUCAUUAAUCUGGGAAGCCCUGUGAAAGAAGUACGUAGGGCUGCCAUUCAUUGUCUCCAGGCCCUCAGCGGAGUCGCCUCUCAGUGCCAUCUGGUGAUAGAUCACUUGGUUCCUAAAGUGGAAGAGAUCACCUCAGAUGCCACCUAUGCUAUUCAGGAUUUGGCGACUUUAUUUGAAGAACUUCAUAAAGAGAAAAAACCAAAAUCUCAUCAGAAGAUGUCCGAAACUCUGAAAAACCUACUUAAUUGUGUAUACAGUUGUCCAUCAUAUAUUGCAAAAGAUUUUCUAAAAAUCUUUCAGGAAGUCAACAGUGAGAUGGUGCUUUCUCAGCUGCUGCCAAUGGCUGAACAGUUGUUGGAAAAGAUUCACAGAGAGCCCACAGCUGUGCUGAAAGAUGAAGCCAUUGUUUUACAUCUCAUUCUGGGGAAGUAUAAUGAACAUUCAGCUUCUCUUUUACAUAAGGACCCAAAGAGUCUAGAUGUGUUUAUGAAAGCUGUGCACACAACACAGGAACUUUCCAUGGGGAUGCCAACCGUUCAGAUCAAAGCCCUCGAAAAGAUCACAAAGCCAUUUUUUGCAGCUAUAGAAGAUGAAAAAGUUCAGCAGAAACUUUUGCAUAUGUUGUUUGAUUUGUUGGUGAACUGUAAAAAUUCUCUUUGUGCUCAGACUAUUAGCAGUGUUUUUAAGGGGAUUUCUGUUAAUGCUGAACAAAUCAGAAUAGAAUUGGAGCCACAGGAUAAAACUAAAUCCUUAGGCACAGUUCAGCAAACAAGAAGACAGAAGAUGCAGAAAAAAUCACAGGAUCCAGAAUCUGUUCAGGAAGUUGGCGGCUCUUACUGGCAGAGAGUAACCCUCAUCCUUGAACUACUGCAACACAAAAAGAAACUAAAAAAUCCCCAAAUACUGAUACCAACUCUUUUUAGCCUACUAGCAAGGUGUUUAGAACCGUUGCCCCUAGAGCAGGGCAAUAUGGAAUACACCAAGCAGUUAAUUCUUAGUUGUUUGCUCAACAUCUGCCAGAAACUCUCUCCAGAUGGCGGCCGAAUACCAAAAGAUGUUCUCGAUGAGGAGAAGUUCAACGUGGAGUUGAUAGUUCAGUGCAUCCGCGUUUCAGAGAUGCCCCAGACUCACCACCAUGCUCUCUUGCUUCUGGGUACCGUUGCUGGAAUAUUUCCAGAUAAGGUUCUACAUAAUAUUAUGUCCAUUUUUACGUUUAUGGGAGCCAGUGUCAUGCGUCUAGAUGAUACUUAUAGCUUUCAAGUUAUUAACAAGACAGUGAAAAUGGUUAUUCCAGCACUUAUUCAGUCAGAUGGUGGAGACUCAGCAGAAGUUACCAGAAACGUAGAAGAAAUUGUGGUCAAAAUUGUUAAUGUGUUUGUGGAUGCGCUUCCCCAUGUUCCAGAGCAUAGACGCCUGCCAGUCCUUGUCCAGCUAGUUGAUACACUCGGUGCAGAGAGAUUCCUCUGGGUUCUCCUCCUCUUGCUCUUUGAACAGUAUGUCACUAAAACAGCACUGGUGGCUGCCUAUGGAGAAAAGGAUGCUACUUUAGAGGCUGACACUGAAUUUUGGAUUUCAGUCUGUUGUGAGUUUAGUGUCCAGCAUCAGAUACAGAGUUUGAUGAAUAUUCUCCAGUACUUAAUGAAGCUGCCAGAGGAAAAAGAAGAAACUGUUCUCAAAGCAGUAUCUAAUAAGAGUGAAUCACAGGAAGAAAUGCUGCAGAUUUUCAAUAUAGAUACUCACACUAGCAAACAGCUACGACAUUUUAAGUUCUUAUCAGUGACUUUUAUGUCCCAGCUCCUGGCUUCCAAUAAUUUCAUCAAAAAGGUAGUGGAAAGUGGUGGUCCUCAGGCUUUAAAAGGCUUUGAGCAGAGGUUGCUAGAAAUGGUUCUUGGCUACAUUAAUGCCGUGGCACAGUCUAUGGAGAAAAAUGCUAACAAACUCACCAUAAAGUUUUGGCGAGCACUCCUCAGUAAAGCUUACGACAUGUUAGAUAAGGUCAAUGCCUUGCUGCCCACAGAAACAUUCAUUCCUGUCAUCAGGGGGCUCCUGGAUAACCCGCUCCCACCUGUGCGCAGGAAAGCGCUGGAUCUGUUGAACAACAAGCUACAGCAGAAUCUGUCCUGGAAGAAGAAAACAGUUUCCCAUUUCCUAAAACUGGUUCCGGUCCUUUUGUCCAUUGUGCAACAUAAAAGGAAGUUAGCAGAAGAGCACCCCAUCAACAGACAGACGGCGUUGUAUACCCUCAAGCUUUUAUGCAAGAAUUUUGGUGCAGAAAAUCCAGAGCCUUUUGUCCCAGUGCUGAGCGCUGCAGUGAAACUGAUUGCCCCAGAAACAAAGGAAGAAAAGAACGUCUUGGGUAGUGCCCUGCUGUGUGUUGCAGAGGUGGCCUCCACCCUGGAAGCACUGGCCAUCCCUCAGCUUCCCAGACUGAUGCCAUCACUGCUGGCAACCAUGAAAAACACCAGUGAGCUGCUCUCAGGUGAGGUCUACUUACUGAGCACCUUGGCGGCCCUGCAGAAGGUGGUCGAGACACUCCCACACUUCAUCAGCGCUUACCUAGAAGGUGUUUUGUUCCAGGUGAUUCGUUUGGAGACAAUCACUAUGGAAAUGGGUUCUGCUUCACAGGCUCAUGUCCGUCUCACAUCUCUUAAAAAGACCCUGGCUACCAAGCUCUCACCUCGAGUUUUGCUACCAGCGAUCAACAAAACAUACACAGAGAUUGAGAGGAACUGGAAGAAUCACAUGAGUCCAUUUAUGAGCAUCCUGCAAGAGCACAUCGGGGUAAUGAAAAAGGAUGAACUCACCUCCCAUCAGUCUCAGCUCACUUCAUUUUUCUUGGAGGCCCUGGACUUCAGAGCACAGCACGCCGAGCAUCAUCUGGAGGAAAUUGGAAAAACAGAAAAGUGUAUCAUCGACUCUCUGGUAGCCAUGGUUGUAAAGCUUUCCGAAGUCACCUUCAGACCCCUGUUCUUCAAGUUAUUUGAUUGGGCAAAAACCGAGGAUGCCCCAAAGGACAGACUCCUGACAUUUUACAACCUGGCAGAUUGCAUUGCUGAAAAACUGAAAGGGCUUUUUACUCUGUUUGCUGGCCACUUGGUGAAGCCUUUCGCUGAUACCUUGAACCAAGUGAACAUCUCCAAAACAGAUGAAGCAUUUUUUGACUCUGAAAAUGACCCUGAGAAGUGCUGUUUGUUAUUAGAAUUUAUUUUGAACUGUUUAUAUAAAAUCUUCCUUUAUGAUACUCAGCAUUUUGUAAGUAAAGAGAGAGCGGAAACCUUGAUGAUGCCGUUGGUUGAUCAGCUGGAGAACAGGCUUGGAGGAGAAGAGAAGUUCCAGGAACGGGUGACAAAGCACCUGAUCCCCUGCAUUGCACAGUUUUCAGUGGCCAUGGCAGACGACUCUCUUUGGAAACCACUGAACUACCAGAUUCUGCUCAAGACAAGAGACUCCUCACCUAAGGUUCGAUUUGCUGCUCUAAUUACUGUGUUAUCACUGGCUGAAAAAUUAAAGGAGAACUAUAUUGUCCUACUGCCGGAAUCCAUUCCUUUCUUAGCUGAACUGAUGGAAGAUGAAUGUGAAGAAGUAGAACAUCAGUGCCAAAAAACAAUUCAGCAGCUGGAAACUAUCCUGGGAGAGCCUCUCCAAAGCUAUUUCUAAAACUUUGGAGGACUUUUUUGUUGUUGGCAUUUCAUACUCUAUUCAGAGUUCAGGUGUAUUUUUCACAUUUUUAUUUUUGGGUGUCUGGUAUCAUGUUAUUUUUGGUGCCUGAUACCUAUUUGGACUGUUAAUCACGUUAUUAAAUCCCCACCUGGUUUGUGCUAUCCCAGUAGCCUCUCCUGCCAGGUGGGUAAAACUUUAAAAAAGAGAAAUAAUAAAUACAGGGUAUUUUUAUACAGA